AUGGCUGAAACCAUCCAGGAACAGUACAUCCGCAUGAACCCUCGGUCGCGGGAGACGCAACCGAGCUACCAGGCCCGGUUCCCUUCCGGUAGCCCGGGGCACGACGGCUACACCUCCGAUCCGUUCCCGGUCGUCAUCGCCCGCGGCAGCGGCCCGCGCAAGUGGGACAUCGACGGCAAUGAGUACGUCGACUACGGCAUGGGGUCGGCAUCGCUCCUGCUGGGGCAUGCGCAUCCUGAGGUGGUUGCCGCCCUCUCGGGCGUGCUGGCUGACGGCUCCCACUUCGGCGCGCCGACCGAGUCCAUGCUGGAAUGGGGCGAGCGCAUCUGCACCCUGAUGCCCUGCGUCGACAAGGUGCGCUUCGUGGGGUCCGGAGCCGAGGCCACCAUGCUGGCCAUGCGGGUCGCCCGCGCCCACACCGGCAAGGAGAAGAUCAUCCGCUGGGAGUCCCACUACCACGGCUGGCACGAUUAUGUAAUGCCCGGCAACCUGCCGCCCUUCGACGUGCCGGCUUCGAUUGGCAUUCCCCAGGGAACCAUCGACUCGAUUAUCGUGCUGCCAACGGAUCUCGCCGCGCUGGAAAACGCGCUGAACAGCGACGAAAACAUCGCCGGCGUAAUCACCGAGGCAUCCGGGGCCUCUUACGGCACGGUGCCGCUGCCCGACGGCUUCCUCGACGGCGUGCGCCGUUUGACCCGGGAGCACGGCGUGGUGAUGAUCCUGGACGAAGUGAUCACCGGGUUCCGGUGGGCGCCGGGCGGAGCGCAGGAACGCCUGGGCGUCGACCCUGACCUCUGCACCAUGGCGAAGAUCAUCACCGGCGGCCUGCCCGGAGGCGCGGUUGGCGGACGCGACGAGGUCAUGGCCGUCAUGCACCAGACGGGCGACAGCCACCACGAUCGCUACGAGCGCGUCCUUCACGGUGGUACUUUCAACGCCAACCCCUAUGCAGCAGCGUCUGGAAACGCGGCGUUGCGCCUGGUCGCCACCGGCGAGUACAACGCCCAGGCUGACCUGAUGGCAGAACGGCUUCGGGCCGGUCUUCGCGAGGUGGUGGACCGGCGCGAGGUCAACGCGACCGUCUACGGUGAAUCGUCAACCUUCCACCUGUUCUUCGGGGCCAGCAGCAUCGACGGCAUGGACGCCUCCCGCCUGAAGAAUCAGCCGGCGCAGAUCCAGCGCAGCCUGCGCCAAGCCCUGCAGGUGCGCGGAGUGGACCUGAUGUCCCGCACCAGCGGCGUUCUGUCCGGCACGCACACUGAGGUCGACAUCGACUUCACCAUCGAAGCGUUCGACGGCGCCAUCGCGGCCAUGAUGGAAGAGGGGCUGGUGCAGCACUGA